UAGUGCAUUGGAGACUCUAUGUGGGCAAGCAUUUGGGGCCAAAAAGUACCACAUGAUGGGAAUCUACAUGCAAAGAUCUUGGAUCGUUCUUCUCCUAUGCUCUGUUCUGCUACUCCUAAACUCUUCCUAAUCUACUUGUUUGGCAGCUUGGAGAACUGGUACUAUAAGAUAUUACUAUUGAUGACAGGGAAUCUCAAGAACGCAAAGAUUGCAGUAGAUGCUUUCUCCAUCUGUAUGACCAAUAAUGGAUGGGAGUUGAUGAUUCCACUGGCAUUCUCUGCAGCAACUGGGUAUGAUUUCUUCUUACCUUUUCAUUUAUGUUCUUUCUUCAUGAAAUUAGUAGUUUUGGUAAGAGGAAAAUUUAUUCCAAAUGGGGGCCAUGAGGAUCUCAAAUCCACUUGCUUGCAAGCAUUAAUAAGUCAAAGGAGUAGAUAAUGACCACAUUGCCUUACAUGCAAGACUGGAUCCACUGCUUAUACAAUUACUUGAUCGUACAUGUGAGCAUCACCUAUCUCUCACAUGUCAUUGGACAAAAAAAAAAAAAAAAAAAAAACACCGUAUUCUGUGGCCAAAGCUAGAGUUAGACUGUAAGUCAGGUUCUCGUAUGAGAAUUAUUCACGUACGAAUCUAUGUGGAUCAAAAACAUAUGAGAAUGGUUCUUCUAAUCCAUAUAUAGAGCAACUGAUAGCCCCUAGAUGAUCGAAAUAGAAAAACAAAGGAUUCAUAGAAGACGAACUGUACGUUGGAAAAGACAGUCCAACGAGUCGGUCAAUGAAAAGACGAACUUUGAUCAAUCAAUACU